GCAUGAGGGCACGCAAGCGCGCUUAUAGACCCCCGACGCUGUUGUGGAGUCCAUCCACCGCAUAUGGAGGGUUUUCAGUCCGUGAACAUACGCGAUCAGGUCCACCUCGAAUACCGAGUCAUAAUACGCAGUGCAACUCGAGUCGUCGGAUAAUUUAAUCGUGCAAGACGAACUAUAUUAUGCGGUGGGCCGAGUGCGAUCGUCGAAACUUCACGUGAAAGUGACUUGCGUUAAUUAUUCAUUAAGAAGCGAGCGUUUUCGAACGUAACGAUGGGAACUAGGAGAUUAGCCAGAUCGCGCGCUUUUGUCUGUUGUUCGAAUAUAAUUUUCUUGAUAUCAGGUUUCGUUUUGAUGUCUUUGGGAGGAUUGUUGUUAGCCGACAAUGAACGGAUUUUAUUAUCGCGUCUACUAGGACCUGGUGACAUUCACCCCGAUCAACCACUAUUUUAUUAUUUGGCUUUUGCUGUAGUUGCAUUAGGAUUUCUCAUCGCUGUCACCGGACUACUCGGAUGCUGGGCGGCGUGUCUCUUUAAUCGCUGCAUCACGAUCUCCUAUCUCUUAACAAUAAUAUUGCUGUUCUUCGGUGAAUGCACCGUGUGCGUCAUCGCUGUCUUCUGGCCUCAUAUACUGGGGAUCGACGUAAGACCGGCGCGUCUGAUACGUGCUCUGCAACGCAGUUAUGCUGUACCUGGACGUGAGCAAUUCACGGCUGCCCUCGAUCUAGCGCAAACAACAUUUGCCUGUUGCGGCAUAAACGGAAGCAGCAAUUACGGCACGUCGUGGUGGCGGCUGCAGGAAGUCGGCCGCAGAGAAUUAGUGGUACCUCUCAGUUGUUGCACCCUGAAUAACGCCAAUGAGACAAACUCCUUCCUCAACCCCAAGCCUGCCAAUCUCACUCUCUGCCAGACUCUGAACCCUGCCGAACAUCAAUACGCCCGACACACUGCGGGUUGCCUUAAGUAUAUUGAGAAGUGGAUGCAAGAUCAGGCCUUGAUCUUGUUGGCCAUCGUAUUAGCCGUUAUGCUCGUCGAAGUCAUGGCGCUCCUCAGCAUACUUCUCGCUUGCUCCCGUGAGAACAGAAGAAGUAAAUCGCAAGCGUCGACUUUCACUUCCACGCAGACUUUAAGUCCAUUCACCGAGAGCGAUCACGAUUUUAGUAUAGGCAUCGAGAACAGGAUGCAUACGGCCGGAACGACGUUCGGUGCCAAAUCAUGAAGGUGGCUGGAGGGCAGCGAAGAACGGACAGCAGUCGACGUAAAGGACGCGAGUAAGCGAGAAAUAUGCGACGAUACUAAAUAUAACGUGUUAGCGACAAGCGGGAAGAGCAUAAUCGAGGAAUGGCGAAAUCCUCCCAAAUAUUCCGAUGAUCUGCUGCGAAGCGAUCAG